AAAGGGUGGGUCCAUGGACAAAAGAUCGUGCGUGAGGCUGCAAAGAGCUUGCUCGCUAGAUAUGAGUCAGGGCAAGAUGGGAAGCGCGGCCGAUUCCGGGGAUCCGCCAGAAGGGGGCACGUGGCAUGAAUGGGGGGGAAAUGGGAUCCAGGCCCAUUUGGGAUCAUGGCUAAUUUGGCUGGAGCUGUCACCGGUCGGCAAACCAGUCAGAUGAACGAGUCAGAUCGGCUUCGCGAGCUUCUAGAGAACCUUCGAUUUCUCCAGGUUAGGUUCGACAAACUAGACGGGAGGCAAUGCCGGAGUGCUGCCAGAAAGCUCCGAAGAACCGGCAGCGGCCAUGCCUCAGACACAAAAACUCUUAACCCAGUUGGGAAAGGCCUCCGUCUGGCCACCAGCCCUAACCAAGAACGCCGAGGGAAAGAAGGCGGAAAAGUGGAAAACCUUGAGAAUGGGGAAUCUGGAAUCCGCCACCGCGACGCUGCAUAAGGUUUAGUGGCUACGACUCCCCCUGCCGGCCGCCGGAUUGCAACAGGAAGAAAGAGGGGGCGCAAGUAGUAUUUCCGGGGCUGAG